AAGUUGAAGUUAAAAAAAAAAACGAACCAAAUACAAAAAAAAAGAGAGUGAAGAAGAUCGAACGACCAUUACCAGCAGAAUCUUAGCUGGAUCCAUCACUCUCCAAAAUAUUUUCUCAUCUUGUCUCGAGAAAAUCCAGAAAGGAAGAAAGAGAGUGAGAAAGAGAGAGAGUCCCUACAGAGACACUCAGAUCUCGCCUCUUUUCAAGAAGAAGAAGAACAACAACACAAUGCUCUUCUUCUUAUUUUUCUUCUUCUCAUCCUUAGAUCUCAUUCUCGCCGACCGUCGAGUCCUCCACGAGCCAUUCUUCCCCGUCGAUUCUCCGCCACCGUCACCUCCACAAUCUCCGCCGCUUCCUAAGCUUCCUUUCUCCUCAACAGCUCCUCCUUCAGACGCUACAUCACCUCCUUUCUUCCCAUUAUACCCUUCAUCUCCUCCGCCUCCUUCUCCGGCGUCUUUCGCUUCCUUCCCGGCCAACAUCUCCUCUCUAAUCGUCCCUCACGCCACUAAAUCGCCGCCUAAUUCCAAAAAGCUCCUCAUCGUCGCAAUCUCCGCCGUGACCUCUGCCGCUUUAGUCGCCGCGCUUAUCGCGUUGCUCUAUUGGCGUAGAAGAAGAAGAAGCCAGGAUAGUAACUUACCUGAUGAUAGCAAGACGUGGACGACCGACAGUAGCCGCCGAGUUUAUCCUCCGCCUCCAUCUGCGGCGCCGCCGGUACGGCGUAAUGCGGAGGGUAGGAAUAGUAAGCAGAGGACGACGACGACGAGCUCUGCCAACACUAGCUCAGAGUUUCUUUAUUUGGGAACGAUGGUGAAUCCGAGAGGAAUCGAGGAUCAAUCCGCGAGUAAUCGGAGCAAUAAUGGUUCGAGCUCGAGGAAAUUGGAAUCUCCAGAUCUCCAGCCUCUUCCUCCUCUCCUGAAACGAAGUUUCCGGCUAAAUCCAGAGGUUGGUUCAAUAGGAGAGGAGGAAGAAGAAGAGUUUUACUCUCCCAGAGGCUCAGCGAGCGGGCGCGAGACGUUGACCCGGGUCGGAUCCGAGUCCCGGAGGGUAUUCGCGGCGGUUCCGAAUCAAAACCCUAGAUCUGUGACCAAUGACACUAUCUCCUGCUCGUCGUCAAGCUCAGGUUCACCGGGAAGAUCAACGUUCAUCAGCAUUUCUCCGUCGAUGAGUCCGAAGAGAUCCGAAGCGAAACCUACGGUAAUCUCCGCGCCAGAGCCGCCGUUGAGGACUUCGCCGGGAAGCUCAGAGUUACCAGAUUUUCGAUUCGUGAGGUCUCCAUCACUGUCCUUAGCUUCUCUAUCGCCGGGACUUUGCCCGGUGAAAAACGCCGAUGGAGGACUUGGUCAAAUCUCGAGAUCUCCGACGGUCACAUCUCUCACUACUUCUUCACCAGACAGAUCAAUGGAUAACAAAAAGGAAAAUCUCGAGGACUCUCCUCAAAGUACACGUUCUACGACGGUGUCAUCAUCUUCAACUUCUCCAGAAAGACGACCAAACGAGACACCGGAAGCUUACUUGCGAUCACCUUCGCAUUCUUCUGCUUCUACAUCGCCGUAUCGAUGCUUCCAGAAAUCUCCCGAGGUAUUACCGGCGUUCAUGAGUAAUCUCAGGCAAGGAUUGCAAUCUCAAUUACUCUCUUCUCCGGGACAAGGUUUCCUUAAGGAGUUAGAUGCAUUGCGUUCUCGUUCACCGUCGUCGUCUGUUUGUUCUUCACCGGAUAAAGCUUCUCACAAGUCACCGGUCACAUCUCCCCGGAAUUCGGCGUCGUCGUCGUCUCUGUCAUCUUCUCCAGACAGAGAUUUUAGUCAGAGCUUAGAUGUAUCUCCACGGAUCUCGAACAUUUCAUCUCAAAUCCUACAGCCUCCUCCGUCUGCAAUAACCGGAGCUUCUCGAGUGCCACCACCGCCUCCGCCACCUCCUCCACCAUUUACAUCAUGGGCACGACGGAAUCAGGUGACUCGACCGCCUUCUCUCACGCAGCCUUCACAUCCUUUUGUGAUCCCAUCUGAAAACCUGCCAGUGACUACUCCAAAGGAGACUCCUCCAGAGACGCUCUGUGCCGGUGACCUGGCAGAGGAGACUCCGAAACCGAAGCUAAAGGCGUUACAUUGGGAUAAAGUCAGAGCAAGUUCGGAUCGUGAGAUGGUCUGGGAUCAUCUUCGAUCAAGCUCUUUCAAAUUAGAUGAAGAGAUGAUUGAAACUUUGUUUGUAGCAAAGACAUUAGACUCCAAACCAAAUCAGAGUCAGACAACUCCAAGAUGUGUUCUCCCUAACCCAAAUCAAGAGAACAGAGUCUUGGACCCAAAGAAGGCUCAGAAUAUUGCGAUCCUGCUUCGUGCACUUAAUGUCACUAUAGAAGAAGUUUGUGAAGCUCUUCUUGAAGGAAAUGCUGAUACACUUGGGACUGAACUUCUUGAGAGCUUACUUAAGAUGGCGCCGACAAAAGAGGAAGAGCGCAAGUUAAAAGCGUACAAGGAUGAUUCUCCCGUUAAGCUUGGACAUGCUGAGAAGUUCCUCAAGGCAAUGCUAGACAUCCCUUUUGCCUUUAAAAGAGUCGACGCAAUGCUCUAUGUAGCUAACUUUGAGUCUGAGGUUGAAUACCUGAAGAAAUCUUUCGAGACUCUUGAGGCUGCUUGUGAGGAACUGAGGAACAGCAGGAUGUUCUUAAAGCUACUAGAAGCGGUACUAAAGACAGGGAACCGUAUGAACGUUGGGACAAACCGAGGCGAUGCACAUGCGUUCAAGCUCGACACGCUUCUCAAGCUGGUCGAUGUUAAAGGCGCUGAUGGGAAAACAACUCUCUUGCAUUUCGUCGUACAAGAGAUAAUCCGAGCAGAAGGCACGCGUCUCUCAGGUAACAAUACCCAAACAGAUGACAUCAAGUGUAGGAAACUCGGCCUCCAAGUUGUAUCAAGCCUAUGUUCAGAGCUUAGUAACGUCAAGAAAGCUGCUGCAAUGGACUCGGAAGUACUAAGCAGCUACGUCUCCAAGCUUUCUCAAGGCAUUGCCAAGAUCAACGAAGUUAUCCAAAUCCAAGAGGAAAACAGCAGCAUUCAGAGGUUUUCAGAGUCCAUGAACACGUUUCUGAAAAGAGCUGAGGAAGAUAUUAUCAGAGUACAAGCUCAAGAGAGCGUAGCGUUAUCUCUUGUGAAAGAGAUCACAGAGUAUUUUCAUGGAAACUCGGCUAAAGAAGAAGCGCACCCGUUUAGGAUAUUCUUGGUGGUUCGCGACUUUCUCGGGGUAGUGGACAGAGUCUGCAAAGAAGUAGGGAUGAUAAACGAAAGAACAAUGGUUAGUUCUGCUCAUAAGUUUCCAGUUCCGGUGAAUCCUAUGCUGCCACAACCUCUUCCUGGACUCUGUGGAAGAAAGCAAUCUUCUUCUUCUUCGUCUUCUUUUUCCUCUUCAUCAUCAGACGACGAACAUAACUCAUCUCACUAGUUUCUUAAAAGUGGGAUCAGCUUUUGUAUGUGCAAGUUGUAAAAAGUAUCCAGUUUGUUUUGUCAUAAUAGUUUGACAUAUAUAGAGGGAGGAAGUCAGGAGUGAAUCAGAGACAAAGAAGUAUUUAUUUUUCUACAUUUGUGUAAAAUAAUAUAGGUUUACAUUUAAAUAUCAUAAGAAUAAAAGAAAAUCCA